AAUAUAGAGCCCAAACUACAUAAUUUUAUAUCCAAAUUAACGGCUAACUAUCGCGGUAAUAGGGAAUUAAGCCCUUAUAUUCGAGUUGCUAUUUACAGCCUUACAUCUGCAGGAUAUAGCGAGCGAUCUCUAGUAACCCUGUUUAGUGUAUCUCGACCAGCCAUCUACCAUACUAUUGAACUCUAGAAUUCUUACAACACUUUUAAGUCUCUACCUCGAAGUGGCCAUCCUAAGGUUCUUUCGCCUUUGGAAAAGCAAUAUAUCCUUUUGAUGAUUAAAAAGGAACGAUAUAUAGCAAGGAAGGCCCUCGUCAAUACGAUUAGGAAGAAAGUAUUACCUUUAACUAUUCGACGAUUCCUCCGAGCGUACCGUUUACAUAAAUGGCAAGUAAAAAAGAGGAUUCCUUUGACAAAAGAGCUGGCAAAGGAUAGAUAUAACUUUAUAUAUAACUAGUUUGAAAAAACUAACGAAUUACUAUCUUUUCUAACGAGUGUUCUUAUCAAAACAAUACCUUAAAUCCGACUGCCUAGAUAUUCCGUUUUCCUUCCGAGAAGUACGACCGCGGAUUUGUUAACUUGAAGAACCAUAUAAGGGCAAAUAUUACGAUCAUGGUAUAGGAGGCAAUAUAGGUAGGUGGUCGGAGUGAGCUUAUUAUCCUAGAGAGGGAUCUAAGCACUUUACGCCGUAGAUAUACAGCCCGGUCGUAUUAGAAGGCUCUAGAAGAGGGCCUUCUACCUUAUUACGAUGGAACUCGACACUUUUAGCAAGACAACGCUCCUAUACAUGUUUACGAAUCUACCGAAUAGUAGCUCCUAGUACGGGGG